AUGCCAACCACAUGGGAGUAUGGAGGCCAAGUCUAUGCCACUGUAGAGGAGGCCGCCAAUGCAGCAGCAUCUCACAGCAUCCCAGAAGACAUCAGGGACUGGAUGGAAGAUAGGCACGAGCGCACUGUCAGGCAGCUCAAGGGCAUAAUUAAGAAGAAUAUGACCCUAGAGGUAGAGGUGGCCAGCCUCAAGAAUCAGAUCACAGGAAUGCACACCCUCGUUUAA